AUGUCUCGAGCACACCACUCCCACACACCCUCACAAGAGCGGCACAACCAAUCUCUGAGUGCCACUGACACACAUGCAUGGAGCGCUCACUCCAAGCCUGACUAUACACAUUCCCACAGUAGCCGAAUUCAAAGAGAAUCAACGGGGCAUCAUCCACUGCUUUCUCAGGGUCCUAUUCAUCAUGAAAUCAUAGACCAAGAUAUUCCUCCCAUCCAUUUUUUAGGGAAAGGAUUUUUCUCGAUGUUCCUCUCAUCUUCAUGGUAG